UCAUUCAUCGCAGGGAUAACCGCUGGCGAACUUUCUUUCACUUCAACCCCCCUCGAUUCAUUCAAUUCGAUUCAUGUAUUUCAAACGAUCCGUCCGCGCAGGUUCAAUUGGUAAUGAAUGAAACUUCUCAAUGUAAGUAUACCGUAUACGACGUUUACUUCAUGAACGAAACCGAUGGUCGGCGCGGUACAGUUUUACCUUGUAUUUGACCAAAACAAGUUUACUGUUUGUUGUAAACAACAACAACCAUACUGUCCUGUAUGGGCGAUGAAAAGCGACCACCGAUAUUAUAAUGAUUACUAUCAAGUCCAAAGGUAAAACCGACGUGGACAAAGUGUCCGUAAACGGUAUCAACGACAAGCGGCCAGAUCCCGGUCCGAAUAAAUUACUACAAAAAGACAUGGUGAUGUCGGAUCGUGCCACCUAUAAAAACGGUGGAUUCGGCAAAGACGACAGCCGCAAUAACAAAACCACCACUGGAACAUAUUACAGGGGUAAUAGGUUUCUGAUGAAGAACCGUUCAUAUGUCACUGAUCAUGGACUGACGUCUCGUCGAUACAGUGACGAUUGUCCUAAGAAACGUGAUGAACUGUUUGAAUCAAACAAAUCUGUGUAUUAUUCAAACUAUCGUUCAAAUGAAAAUUACUCUGGCAACAAUGGUAGUCAGUCUGAAGACUCGAAAAUUUCAAAGAUUUUAAGAAAAAUGGUAAAUGAAGAGGAUACUCGGACGCUGAGCUCACUAUGCAACCAACUUCAGGAAGCUUUUUUAUUGCAAGAAAAUAGAAAAUACAUUAGACGAGCUACCGAUGUUAUAAUUGAGUAUUUGUAUGGGUGUUUGCAAACAUCUGUUUCUUCUAACAGUAAAUGUGCAAUUGCAAAAUGCUUAGGGAAAUUCGGACAUGCCUUACAGUAUGAUUGCAAAAGAUACAUUGAGUUAAUGUUUAUUAAGUAUAACUCUGAACGCAACAAAGAAAUUAAAACAUUAAUAAUGUUAGCAUUUUAUGAGUUGUCUUUGUUGGAUAAAAAAAAAUCAUAUUUGGAAAAUUUAGCACCGCUUAUACUGGAGAACAUGCAUAUGACUUUAGAAUCCAUCGAUUCUUCUGAAUUAAUUACAAUCACUGCCGAUGUUGCUAUAAAUUUUUCUGAUGUCUACUGUCAAGCAUUUGAGCCAUUUUUCAAGGAUACAGUGGACAUACUAGUUGGAUGGCAUAUUGAUACGUCUCAAUCUAUACAAACAAAUAAAUGCAUUUCAAACUGCAUCUAUCGUCUAUCAACAUACUGGACAGCUGACAUGAGUUUUACGCUGAGUUUGCUGGAACAACUAUUAGACGAUAUGUCCUCAAUAUCGAGUGAACUGGAACAAGAAAAAAAGAACACAGACGAAUUUGAUGGAAAAUUAGAUAAAAUUCUAGCUUUCAUCAGAGUAUUUUGUACGGUGGCAGAAAGCGUCGGAGAACAUUUAAGUCCUAAAAACUCAUCUGUAGUUUCUUGGUCUUUUAUGAGUAAUGCCUUGAUGGUUGUUAUAAAAACAUUGUUGAAAUGUAUGAACAUAAUAACUAACGAAAAUAUUGUUGAAGCAGCAAACAAUUGCGUUUGGUUGAUUUUGGAUAUUCUUCAAUGUCAGAUGCCAUCUAUUAACGAUUUGAUGCUUAAAGUUGUUGAAUUGCAAAUGUCACGUGCCAAUGAGUUUAGUCUAACCGUUAUUGUAUCAAUGUUCAGAAUGAUCUCAAAGGUCAUAAAAGAAGGUAGUACAAACUUGUCGAAAGAAUUUAUCGAAUUAAUUUUGUGUCGUGAUUCGCGUUUGCGACAGUUGAGAUUUGUUCCAUCUGUAAAAUUACAUGACGCCUAUAUUGCUCUGUAUCAAAGUCUGUUGAGCAUGAAAAAUGUUUCCUUGGUACUCAUAGUUUACAGAUACAUCACUGGAGAUUUAGAAAAAGCCUGCCAGACAUUUGACCAAAACUUGCCUUCAUUUUGUUCCGAUAACCCGUUUGACGAUAUUGAUUACACAAUUGAAGAAGCGUCUGUUGUUUUUCACAUUACUCUAAAAUCUCUGACGGUCAUUGCCAACGACAGUAAUUCUAUAAUUGGUAUGUGGGCGCUGCAGCCAAGUAUUUUUGAGUUGUUGUCCACAAAAUUGGAUCCAACAAACAUAAACAUAAACGAUUCACUUCGUUACUCUUUAAUAUAUUUAUUAUACUCCCAUUGCAAGAAGCAUUCCAAUUUCAUCGCUAACAGUUCACUCAUAACAGCUGUAAGAUCAAACGAGAAGUCCCAAACGAGCGUAGAAAUCAAUUCCCACAAAAGUGGAAAUCUGGUCAAAAUUCUCAACAUGUUUGAAAAAUGCUUAAAAAUAAAUGUAAACACGGACUGUAAGCAAUUGAUUUUGAAGUGGAUUUAUGAACUACUCGUGCAAGCAGAUAGUGCGAGUUAUUUAAAUAUAAUUUUGAUGGCUCCCGAAGUUAUUGCUAUCAUACAUUCUUUGGUUUACGCAACAUUGAAGUACAAUGAAUUAGUAUUGUACGAAGGAACCGCACGAAUAUUAAAUGUUGUACUUGGAAAUCCCACAUUUUGUCAGUCAAAGCCUGUACUAAUUGUGGACAUCUUGGACUUGUGUCUUUCGUGUGUUAAUCUCAUUGACGCUGAAGUCAACAAACAGUUUUAUGGAUUAAUCCAUAAAAUAUCGCUGUUCACAGUUGUACAUAGUUUAUCGAUAUGGUCCAUGAAAAACAAAAGUAAAUUCAAUAAAAAAAUUAAGAAAAUGAUGACUUCACAUAUGAGACGUAAAACUGUCGUGACACUACAUACGGAAUAUUUUAAAAAUUACAUGUGUGAAAUGAUCGAACCAAAUAGUAAUGCCAGUAAUUACAACAACUACUGGUUGUUGGAUGUGGUGAAUGGUUGUUCGGUGGAGAAUGAAACUGGCGAAAUGGAGUUUUUGUCACACGCUCAACAGUGUCGUAUUCUGUUGUAUUUUUGGGUAAAUUGGGAAGCCGCUAGUUUUUGCGUUACCAAUCGUCUUCGCACCCCAUUUGGAAAACCAAAUUCUACUUUUCGUGUUAUUGAAGGUGGCAUUAAAUCGUGGGCCCGUGAUUCCAUUAUAACAUUGAACGAUAAUACUAGAGUCAAAACUACAGAAGGCGAGUUGAAUAAUUUAAAACACACAAGAAAUUUAGUAGCCUUCAUCGAGUGUUUAGAAAAAAGUGUGUCUAACGCUAUCGACGGAACCGCUACGGCGUUGCCGGCUGCGCAAAAACCAGUCCGUCAUUUCUUUCAUACCAAUAGGAACACAUGUUACGAAUGGAAUUCUACCAUACGCAGUGCAAUGCUCGCAGUGUCGUUAAACUCAGGACUCAGCUCGUGCGCAAUUCGUCAUGGUCACCAUCUUAUUCAACAUUUAGCCAAACAGAAUGAACUUCCUCUCAAAGAAUUUAUCUUGGCCAUAGUUCAACUGGCAUGGGCUUAUUGUAGACUUCGUGAAUCAGAUUGUAUCUAUGGGUUGUACGUGUGGUGUAAAGAAGAAGUUUUUUUAAAACUUCCAUUUUUAAACAUAUUGGCUAACCAAGCUAGUGGAAAGUUCGAAGAAGCUGCGGAAUCGUAUGUUCAUAUGCUCACAGACAGUUCUGACAAAAUAAUUAUAAAUCUUAAAAACGUCCCAAUUCACGAUAUUAAUGGUCCUAUGGAAGUGUUACAGAAAUUUAUCGCAGAACAGUUGAAAGAAUGUUACCUGUCAAUUUGUGAUUGGAAACCUUUAAUCGAUUGGACUCAGAACGAAGAAAAUAUUUUAUCAUUAAAUUGCAAAGACAAGUUCUUUUGGCAAAAUAGACACAUAUCGGCAACCAGCUUACAAGUCAUUAAUGAUUUGGAGGAAGGCAAUUGUGAUUUUAUUAACAAUUUAGUUAAUUGGGACUUAAAUAGCACAUCGAAAAUUAUCAAAACCAAUUGGAAUUGUUACGAUCUAAUUAAUGAAAUCAAAAGUAAAUUGGUGUAUAUAACAUUGAAAGCAAACUUUUCAAAUGGAAAAUUAGACGAAAAAUAUAAGCCCAUUGUAGAAGACUGUCACGAGGUUAUACGUAAUAUUUUUCAAGAAAGCUUAACAGACAGCCUUUUAGAGUAUUCACAAGAAGUAUCUGUACUUUCCUAUGCUAUAAAUUCUUUAUUGGAAGACAUACCCAUUCAGUUAGAUUUGAUCAACGAAAUCAAUAUAAAAUCAGUAGGAUCUAAUUUAAUAAGCCAGACUUUGUUUUGGACAAAAAUCCUUGAAAAUAAAUCAUACAGCAAUCACAAAAAAAUAGAUUCUAAAUGUGAUGUCUCAAACUUGUAUUUAAAGCUGGCAGUCAUAGCACGGAAAGAGGGUAAUGUCAAUUUAGCGACUCGAGGAAUGCUUCAAUAUUUACGAUCAACCAAAGCUUACGAUUUCAUAGAUUUAUCCAAUACUAUGUCGGAUAAUAAAUCAGAGUCUGUUUCCACACUUCUGCAAAGAAUCGGCGAACAUCUCGUAGAUGACGCCAAGGCGACAUCAUGGCCUCAAAAUCAUGCUAUAGUCGUACGACAGUUUUCCAAAUUAGUUCAUCGGUGUGUUUCUCAAGAUUUGGGAAUAGAAAUGUGUAUGAAAUCUGGAUUUAAAUUAUUAGAACAAGCGCAAAUAGAUGAUAAUAGUUGUCUCAAAGAACAGAGUGCACGAAUGUUGAUAACAUUAGGGAAAUGGUUAAAUUUGGGAAAUCAUAGUUUUUCAGAUAAAUCCUUGAUUACGUCUUCGCUAGAUAAAUCAAACAUUUUGUUAAAUUUUUCUAACGAUAAUUUAUCAAAAACUGGUCAACUCAUUCGUGAAGUUAUAAAAUGUGAUGAUACGUUAGUAAACAAUUUGGACAAACAUACUUUGAUGAUCGGUCAACUAUUGAGAAUAUCUGUGUCAUAUUGUCCAACCAUGGCAAAAGCGUGGAACGAAUUGGCGGGCUGGUGUUACAAGUUGGGACGCAAAGUUGUGGACGAAGCGUACAAGCGUAACACCUUUUUAUUAAAUGAUUCAGAAAUGGCUAAAGUAGAUGCUUAUAUUCCUUCGAGUGCUACAAUAGAAGAUCGAGAAAAAGUGUACGAAAUUCUCAAUGUUUUAACAUCGUCUCCGCCACAACAAGAUGAUGACGAUAUAGGAAGUGAAAAUAUUUAUACCACUGAAAUGAUAGAAUAUCAACUACAAAAUGUUCUUUCUUUUGAGGAAGAUGAGUUAGCUGGACUCAUUGACUGGUGGAGGAAAUCACAUUCACGAAUUUACGGCUAUUAUCAACUAUCUGCUCAGGCUUACUUUAAAUUUCUGCAACUAUGUGACAACCAUCAAGAAGAAUCAAUUGCAGCCACUCUAAGACUAUUACGUCUCACGGUCAAACACGCUCUUGAACUGCAAGGCUCGUUGGAAGAAGGAUUGAGCAACACUCCAACAAAACCGUGGCGAUCUAUUAUACCUCAACUAUUUUCGAGACUAUCGCAUCCAGAACCUUACGUUAGGCGCACCGUGUCUGAACUGCUUUGUAGACUCGCUAUCGAUGUACCACAUUUGAUUACAUUUCCAGCAGUAGUGGGCUCUGAUACCGGUCUUAGGACUAUAAAUGAAAUGCCGUCAUCGAGUAUUCUAAAAACGUGCAAAGAAAUAGGAGAUGAAACUAAUUCGGUUGGCGAAGAUUUGGACAGAAUGAAAAUCGAUGAAGACGAUGACGAGGACUUGAAAAUUGGGCAAGACGAACAAGCUAUUGUUUUAGAAGAUUGUUUUCAUUCCAUGGUCAACACAUUAUCAAAACAGGCCGGAGAAAUGAUCACUGAAGUACGAGUUUUGGUGUCGGAAUUGCGUAGAAUCACAUUACUGUGGGACGAACUAUGGCUGGGAACAUUGACACAAAGGCAGGCUGACAUAGGCAGGCGUAUUAGUCAACUAGAAACCGAGUUGUGCAAGACUGAAAAUCAUCCCCAUCUUUCAGACUCUGAAAAAGAACACAUCGCUAUUGAAAAAUACACAAUAUUACUCAGACCAAUUCUCUUUAUAUUUGAACAAUUGCACGCAAUCACAUCUAUCAAAGCUGAAACGCCACAUGAAGAAUGGUUUCAAGACAAGUUUGGUUCUUAUAUUACACACAUGUUGGAUAAACUACGUAGACCCGCGGAUUCGUCAAAUAUUAAUGUACAAGACGUAUGGAAGUCAAUUAAAAAUUUACAAAGUAAUCUUCAGGCUCGUAUAAGCAAGCGAGGGUCAUAUUCGUUAAAGAUGGACACUAUCAGUCCAGUUCUAGCCAAUCUCAAAGACACCAAAAUAGCUAUGCCGGGAGUGGAGCGAGUCGUCACCGUUGCUUCCAUUAACAACAGUGUGGCCAUUUUGCCUACGUUCACCAAACCGAAGAAACUUAUAUUCUACGGGUCUGACGGAAAAGUGUACACUUACUUGUUUAAAGGCUUGGAAGAUCUUCAUUUGGAUGAACGUAUAAUGCAAUUGUUGUGCAUCACAAACACGCUACUCAGUGGGUCUUGCGAAAAAUAUCGAGCCCACCAUUAUCCGGUCAUACCAUUAGGACCGAGAUCGGGUUUGAUAUCUUGGGUCGACGGUGUUGUACCCAUAUUUAUGUUGUACAAACGAUGGCAACAAAGACAGGCUUCCAAUAACGACGGAGUGAUAAUGCGUCCUUCAGAAUUAUUCAACUCAAAAUUGGCACCACUAUUAAAAGAAAACGGUAUAUCUAAUAUGGACAGCAGAAAAGAAUGGCCGUUAAAUAUCCUCAAAGAAGUCUUAAUAUCUCUGAUGAAUGAAACGCCCAAAAAUUUACUUUCCAACGAAUUAUGGACACAAAGUGUUGAUUCGGGGUCAUGGUGGCAAUCGACAUCACUCUAUGCAACAUCAUUGGCUGUGAUGUCGAUAAUUGGUUACAUUAUUGGAUUGGGCGAUCGUCAUUUGGAUAACGUGCUUGUUAAUCUACAAAGUGGUGAAGUGGUCCACAUCGAUUACAAUGUGUGUUUUGAAAAAGGUAAAACGUUACGCGUUCCUGAGAAAGUACCUUUUCGAUUGACUCAAAACUUGAAAGAAGCGUUAGGCGUUACGGGAGUCGAGGGGAAAUUUCGUUUGACAUGUGAGCAAGUGAUGAAAGUAUUAAGAAAAAACAAAGAAACCCUAUUGACGUUGUUAGAAGCGUUUGUAUAUGAUCCGCUUAUUGAUUGGACACCUGGUAAUGAAACGGGCUACACAGGCGCUGUUUAUGGCGGCGGUCGUACCUUAGUCAAAGAAAAUAGAAUGAACAGGAGACAAUUGGAAAAAGAAAUAACUCUGGCAAUGCUCAACGUCCGCAUUACAGAAGCUAAACACGACUGGUUGGAUAAUAGAGAAAAUAUGUUAGCGUCUUUGUCGAGUAUAAAUGAAAGUAUUAAUAAUUAUUUGAUGGUACGCGCAAAAUUGCAAAAGAUGGAAGAAGGGUUGGCCGAGAGCCAUCAACUGAUGGCGUUGGUUAAAGAAGCUGAAGCGUCUCCAGUCGGCCAACAUCCGUUGUAUAAACUUCCGGAACGUUAUUUUACAUUGCAGCAAACGCAAAAUAUGAUGAUUGGUUCAACCAUGUCGUUGAGACAGAAAAUAGAAGAUUGCGAUUCAAGGUUGUCACAAUAUGAAAUGGCCAUGCAUUAUAUUGCUGUUAGCCAAAUUCGUAAAAUUAUCGAAAAAGAAGAUUCAAAAUCGCGUCACGUAUUCAAUUAUCUUUUACAAGAAGACGUAAAAGAAUUUUUACAGAAUGCCGGUCAAACAAGUUUAAUUGAACAAUGUAUGCAAUCCAAUGACGAUAUUACGCUUUUGUGUCGACAACAAAAUAAAUUCCUCACUCUUUGUUUACGUAUGCUCUAUGAUGUACAGUGCUUGGCCAACUUGUUUCCAAAAUCUCACGUGCGAAAUCACCGUCUGACCUACUAUCGUCAAUGGUUGCGGCUACUUGUGGAUUGUCCAACGAUCGCAAUGUGUGAACAAGUCAAAGAAGAACAUAAAAUUUUGUACCUGGGUAUUCCAAAUGCUGAACCACCGACGCCCCAGACAGUGGCCUAUAAUAUGAAGUUGCAGCAAACGGCAUCGGAUGCUAGCCAGCGUACAGCUAAACUUAUCGAACAGUUUAGAUCAGUUGAAACCGAAGUCGAGAGAAUGUGUGCACUGUUAAACGAUGAAAACCCUCUGGUGAAAUUUAACGAGAACUCUAAUAACGGUUUAGAAAUUGUUAUUGCCACAAACCUUUGCGCGAUUAAUAAAAAGUUUUUAAUGAUGGAAACGUCCGCGUCAAAUGCGGGAACUCGAAUAUUGGACAUGACUUCCAAAGACGGAGAAUGGAUUUUGGUCGAUAUGUACAUGACUACGACUAUCGCUGUUAGAAUGGUGUCUUCAGUACUUUCCGACAGUAAUAACAAAAACGUUCAAGUCGACACAGAUUUGUCUUUGGCUUUCAAUUGUUUACGUACGGUCCAAAGUCUUUAUUGUAGUUUACAAAAAAUAAACUUCAACUUUGUCGAUAUCAUUAUGCCGGAAACUAUAAAAAAAUUAUGUGUUGAAGAACCUAGUACUAUAACGAUCAUUACUGAGUUGAACAAUAUUAUCAAUAAUUGCACAAUAGAUGUCAAUGACUUGAUAGAACAACUCAACGUGCAUCUCAGACACGUUAUUAUGGGAAUGAAGUCUCCAAAUGAAGGUUGUCAAACAGUUGUGCGAGAUGUUCGAAAUCAAUUUUACGAUCUUAUCAAAAAACAAGACAAAUCCGUUCUGACUCAAGGAGAAAAGCUUUUGGUCGGCUUUUACGGCUUAUUCGAAGACGUCACUUUAGCUAAUGACAAUUUUAUCAAAGCACACUCCAAACUUAAGAUUCCCACUUCCUGGAAGACGGUUGAUCAAAUUAGAGAAGCGAAAUCCUUACUUGGAGCUGUAAUGGAUGACGGACCUUGUAGUAUAUUAGAUGAUAUAAUGUUCUUGAAAGCACUUCUAACCAUGAAAGAGGUGUUUAAUAUGUGUGCUGAAAUAGCUAUCAAUUUCGGAGGGAGGAAUUCUCAAGGAAUAAGUUAUUCUCAAAAUAACGAAGAGGUCAUAUCGAAACCCGUACGAUGUUUCGCCGCCGAUUAUUUAACAAAACGGCUGUUGGGAUUGUUUUCGCACACGGUAGCUUUGACUAUUGGUUUCUUGUUGCAACACACUGGGUUCAACAUUAACGCUGAGUUGGAAAAAAGAGAUAUUGGCGCCGACAGUAAAGUGCCUUUGGAAGAACUGUGUAAAAAAUGUAUAGAAGAAGGAAUUAAAGUCGGAAAAUUUAAUCGCAAUCAAUCGCUGGACCUGUCGUCGGUAUUGACUAAAUUAGAAGACGCAUGGAGAAAGUCCGAGUUGCGCAAUCAUCUGAGAAUAAGAGUUCAUCAGUCUGAUAACAGCGCUCAACGAUUAGCAUUACAAUAUGCUGCUCACUGUUGGUUACACGCAAUUCCCUCUACGGGACUUAUAGACAAAAUAUUUAUACCGGAUCGAACAGCAAUUCUUACGGAAUUAAACAAUAUUCUAUCGCCACUGGCCGUUAUUCAGUCACAAAUCAUGGAGCAAAUGGAGCAUAGAAGUUCACUGAUGACCACUGUUGAGCAGCGGCUAAAAUGGGCUUCUGGUGCAAAUCCUUCUGUUGCUGAAAUAACAAGUAAUUUUGAAGAUAGAAUGAAACACGAAAAAAUGAUCAUCGAUGGCAACCAAAGUUUAUGUUCAACUAUACUAACUGUGAUUAACUCGUUGCUUCAAACCGAAUCGUUGCUUACACGCACUUCGGAAGCUAUCUCUGCUGACAUUUCGUUUUUACAAUUGGUGGAAGAUUAUCAAAAAGCGUGUUACAUGGUUUCUAAUAUUGGAAUAACAAUAACGCCUGAAGAAGAAACUCUUAUCAAAAUAGUUCCAAUCCCACAAGGACCAAUCGAGUGGUCCUGGUUGAACAAUGCUGUCAGUGUUAUUUCAGACAACGUCCAACAACUGAUAGCUGCCCAAGAGCCGUUAAAAUCGGAAAUUAAUUUAAUCCAAAAAUCAAUCAACGACCAAACAAAUAUACUCAAAUCCACGUUGAAUUUGCAUAACAAAAUCAUAUCCGAUGUUAGAGUGUUAUUGAAAUCAUUAUCAAAAAUUGACAAUGUGGGCACAGCGAGUAUAAACUACUUGGCCAAGUAUUGUGCUUAUUUAGAGCAAAUGAUGUCUUUUGUCGACCAAUUGACCACUCCCAAUGAACUGACUAUGCAACCAAUGCAGAUUUUACUAGAAACUGUUCAGACGUUACUAAAGAAAACACCUCUUAUAUAUGAUGAUUUGUUGACCAUCUUGGGUGAAAAAGGCUUACUCGUUAAACAAAAUAAGCGUCCGCCGCUAGUCCGCCAAGAUAGUAUUUGCUUGUCGCCAAGAAAAGGACUACCGAGAGAUCCACAUACAGGAAAAGCCGUUCAAAAAUGUAACGCUUAUGCCGUGAGUGUUUGGCGUCGAGUCAGAAUGAAGUUGGAAGGAAGGGAUCCGGAUUUAGGUCGUAGAUCGACAGUCACUGAACAGGUCAAUUGGGUGAUAAACGAGGCUACCAGCAAUGAUAACUUGGCGCUGCUGUACGAAGGCUGGACGCCGUGGGUGUGAAUAAUGAAAAUCAUAGGCACUUGGUAGUGCCGACUGGGGAUUGAAACAUUUAAUAUUAUUAUUACGACAAAUCAUUUGAUCAUGCAAUACCUAAUGAGUAUCGUGAGCAAAACUACAGCGUUGGGUCAGCGCAGUGCGAUUGUCGUUCAUAAAUAACUAUAAAAAAAAAAUUUUAUUUCCAAAAUAAUGCUCAACUUUUGUGCUGUUGAGACCGAAACAGCUAAGCAAAAAAUGUCGUGCAUAUCUUAAGUGGAUGUUUUAAACGUUGUCUGCAUUUAAAGGCAAAGUCAUUGAAUAUAUAUGUCGUAAAAAGUGCAUUAUUAUUGUGGGGUGUUGAUCGUUAAUUUAUUUUUAUUUUUUCCUUUAGCCUUUUAGCUAUUUGAUAAUUCUUAAUUUAUAAAAUUUAGGCCCAUGUUGAGUAUCUAAAAUACCAUUUUUUUUCACAGCAUGCUUUUCUUUUAUUCUAUUCAUUUAAGUAUAGAUCAUUAUUUAUUAUAGUACAUGUAAUUUUUUACAUCACAAAUUUCGCGUCAAAAAACAAUUUUAAGGUGACAUUUAUUUGUUUAAUUUUCAAUUUAUUUGUUGUAGAAAUUAUACUAAAACCAGUAAAACAAAAGCAAUGUUAAUGUAUUUAUUUUUUCCAAACGAGUUUCUGAUAUGUUAAUGUUCAUUUAAUAUAUAUAAAUAACACUAGUAAUUCUAGUCUGUAUGUAUAUGAGUAUUGUGUUUUACUCGAAACACUAAAUGUAUGAAAAAAAAGACAAAAUUGCAAAUGAUGGAAACAAAUAACAAUUGUAACUAAUUCUGUAAUUUAAUCUUAUUAAAUCUUCAUCUGUCAUUAGUUUUCUUU